CUCGGCCCUACUGGUUUACCUUCCAGUUCAAAUACGCAGCAAAUCUGCGACUUCGUAUUACUAACAAGCCCAUAGCUGCAUUGUUAAACUUCUGCCUAUCCAUGCUCUAGACCAACCAUGUGGUCUGUGUUACUAGACACUGUGAUAGUUCCCGCCAUGAAGUCAUCGCCGCACCCGUAGAAAUCCUUCCCCAUGUCAUGAUUAUUUAUUCGCGAGCCCCGCUCGUCGUGCGAAACAAAUCUCAGGUUCCUCCAGUUAAGGCUGUCAACAAUCGACCGCCAACUAUGUCUUUGGUUUUAUACGUGGUUGUGGGCGCCAUCGCGCUCUAUAUCUCCAAGUCCCUGUUCGGUCGAAAACGCGCGACUGCACCGCUCCCGCCCGGGCCUCCCGGGAAGCUAAUUAUUGGCAACUUGCGUGAUCUACCUCCCUCUGGAUCGCAUGAAUGGUUGCAUUGGUGGAAAUAUAAGGAUCUAUAUGGCCCAAUUAGUGCGCUGAAUAUUUUCGGCCAGACGCUGAUCAUCAUCAAUGAUGCCGACGCGGCAAUCACGCUGUUCGAAAAGCGAUCUGCCGUUCAUUCUGCAAGGCCGGAAUUCCCGAUGGCCGAGCUAUCCGGCUGGGAUCAAGCGCUGAGUCUACUUCAAUGCACGCCUCUAUUCCGAACACAUCGCAAGGCUCUGCACCGAGAACUCGGGACCACCGCGGCGGUUGCUAGGUUUAAUGAUAUUGUGGACGUCGAGGUCCGGAAGUUCUUAUUGCGGGUGAUACAAGCGCCGAAUCAGUUGAUGGAGCAUAUUCGGAAAGAAACAGGCGCGGCAAUCCUCAAGAUCGGCUACGGAUACAACGUCGAGCCGAAGGGCCGUGAUCCUCUCGUCGACCUGGUGGAGAAAGGCAUGGGUGAAUUCUGCGAUGUCGUUGUUCCUCACGGAUGGCUUGUGAAUCUUGUCCCGGCUUUCAAACACUUCCCCAGCUGGCUUCCAGGCGGCGGGUUCAAGAAGACAGCAGAAGAGUACAAGCAGAGCGUCGCGCGCAUGCGAGACCUGCCAUACUACUUCGUCAAGCGACAGAUGGCAGAGAAGAAAAACGCCCCGUCCUUUGUCUCCAGUAGCCUCGGCAAAGAGCACAUCGAGCCCGGAUCAGAAGAAGAGAUGGUCCUGAAGUGGUCCGCUGUGUCGCUUUAUGCCGGUGGAGCUGACGCUACCGUCUCAUCUAUCGCCUGCUUCUUCCUCGCCAUGGCGCUCUAUCCGGCCGUCCAAAAGCGCGCCCAGGAAGAAAUCGACCGCGUGGUCGGAACCUCUCGCCUGCCUGGUUUCCAAGACCGCGACAACCUGCCCUACAUCAACGCCAUGGUGCAGGAGAUUCUGCGCUGGCACCCGAUCGCGCCGGUCGGAUUCGUGCAUAAAUCCAGUGAAGAGGAUAUCUACGAGGGGUAUCGCAUCCCGAAAGGAGCGAUCAUGAUUCCGAAUAUCUGGGGCUUCAUGCACGACCCAGCCAUCUACGCCGACCCAAUGACCUUCAAGCCGGAGCGCUUCCUGUCCGAGAACGGGCACACGCCGGAACGAGACCCGAACCUCUUCGCGUUCGGGUUCGGUCGACGCAUUUGUCCGGGCAAGGUGCUUGCGAACGCGGAUAUCUAUCUCACAAUUGCCCAGGCGGUCGCGAGUUUGCGGAUCACGAAUCCCGUGAAAGACGGGAAGGAGGUUCCGGUGACGGCGGAGUUUUUGCCGGGGGUUAUUAGCCAUCCGGCGCCGUUUGAGGUCGCGAUUAGGCCGAGGAGUGCAGGGCAUGAGGCGUUGAUUAGGGAGGUGGAGAGGUUGCCGGAGGAGAGAAGUCAUGCGGAGGAGAUGCUGAGGGGCGUGUAGUUGGAUGAGGGGAAUGGAGGGAGGAACGAGGAAUGAGGAGGAAGAUACAGGGGACUUAGUUUAAUGUAUCGAGAUUUGUCCUUGAUCUAGAUUAGCAGAGGUAACUCUCCAAAUAUCAAACAAACAAC